AUGGCAUCGAACGAGUGUUCAUUAAAUGGUAGUGUAAAUAAGGCUAGGAACACAGCACCUGUACGUAUUGAACUAGGCGAGCUGACCCAACACAAUAUAAAUCAAUUGCGCAUUAUUAACAGAACUGUAUUUCCCGUCAACUAUACGGAUAAGUUCUACACCGAUCUUCUUAAGCAGCCACAGUUAUGCCGUCUUGCAUAUUUUAACGACAUUGUUGUCGGCGCAGUAUGCUACAGAAUCGAGAAAGUUGCCGGAUCUGAUAACCUCAAGAAAUGCUAUAUCAUGACGCUGGGCUGCUUAGCUCCCUAUCGUCGCUAUGGAAUUGGCUCGAUGCUUCUUCGUCAUGUCUUGCACAAAUGUAUGAAGAACAAACAGAUCCAGUCAGUCUACCUGCAUGUUCACAUUGAGAAUGAAGAGGCCAUAAGGUUUUACCAAAAAUUUGAUUUCCUGAUUACGGAUAAAGUUGAAAAUUAUUACCAUCGCCUUUCACCACAGGAUGCCUACAUUCUUGAAAAACAGUUGGAUCACUCUGUUCCGGUCAGCGACUCAGAUUCUGAAUAA